GUUUGGAGUUGGAACCUUCACUGUUUAAUAUAUGACAAGCAGUUUCCUGUCCCGUGUAUCAGUGUUGGAAGUUGAUAUUUACGUCGUUCAGACACUAUGCAUUCCAGCCCUGAACACGGAGGCCUUUUAUUACUGGCUGUUUGUCUUCUGUCCUCACUGCUGCUCUUCACAACACCAUCCUGCCAUGGAGGAAAGGUCCUCGUCUACCCAAUAGAUGGAAGCCACUGGGUCAACAUGAAGGUGCUUAUUGAAGUGCUCCAUGCCAGAGGCCACACCAUUACUGUGGUCAGAAAUUCCAACAGCUGGUACAUCACUGAGAAGUCUCCACUAUACACCUCCAUCACCAUCCAGGACAAAGUGACCUUUGACAACUUCUUUGAAGACUUCCUAGAGAAGUACAUGCAGGCUCAGAGAGAGGGGGCAUCGGCUCUGACGUUCUUAAAACUAACCAAGACGUUUCUCAGCAUGAUAGAUGAAGCCCACAUCUUGGCUCUUGAGACGUUGGCUCGCAUGUUCGAUGACAAGGAACUGAUGAAGAGUCUCCAGGAGGCUGAGUAUGAAUUGGUUCUCACUGACCCCGCCAUAGCUGCAGGGGUGCUCUUAGCCCAUCACCUCAAACUGCCUGUGGUCCUUAACGCCCGCUGGAUAACCAGUGGGGAAGGCCACUUUGCCAUCGCCCCAUCUCCGCUGUCCUACAUCCCCAGCCCAGGGUCAGGGUUCACUGACAAAAUGACAUUUGUCCAACGGGUCCAGAAUGUGCUGUUCCACAGCAUAAUAAUGUUUCAGCAGAAGUUUCUCUUGGGACCGAGUUACAACAGAUUUUGCACCAAGUACUUCAAAGAGGGAUGUGAUAUAAUCUCCCUGAUUCAGGAGGCUGACAUCUGGCUGAUGAGGUCUGACUUUGUUUUUGAGUUCCCCCGGCCGACCAUGCCCAAUGUGGUCUACAUAGGAGGGUUCCAGUGCAAGCCGGCACAGCCAUUGCCUACAGAGCUGGAGGAGUUUGUCCAGAGUGCCGGGGAGCAUGGAGUGGUGGUCAUGUCUUUGGGGACUCUCGUCAAUGCACUUCCUACUGAUAUCGCUGACCAAAUCGCCAGUGUGUUCGCCAAGCUGCCUCAGAAGGUGAUCUGGAGGCAUGUGGGUGAGCGGCCUUCCACUCUGGGCAACAACACCAUGUUAGUAAAGUGGAUGCCCCAGAAGGACCUCCUGGGUCACCCUCAGACCAGAGCCUUUGUGGCCCACGGGGGAACCAAUGGAGUCCAGGAAGCCCUCUACCAUGGCACCCCGGUGCUAGGAAUCCCCCUGUUCUUUGACCAGUAUGACAACCUUCUCCGACUACAGGAGAGAGGCGCCGCAAAGAUCCUGGAGCUGGCCAACAUCAAUGGACCCAGCUUCCAGCAGGCUCUAAACCAGGUGCUCACCCAGACCUCCUACAGGGAGAACAUGCAGAGGCUGUCUGAUCUGCACAGGGACCAACCCAUCAAGCCCAUGGACAGCGCUCUCUUCUGGCUGGAGUAUGUGAUGCGCCACAGGGGGGCGUCUCAUCUUCGUACUUCGGCCUACAGGUUGCCCUGGUAUUCAUACCACUCUUUGGAUGUGCUGCUUCUGCUGCUAGCUGCUGGAGGAGGAGUCCUGUUCUUCACUUUCUUCCUGGUCAGGUUCAUUUGGAGAACCUGCUGGAGAAACAAGAACAAAGUCAAAAAACACUGACCAAAUUAAGUUGUUAUUCCUCUGUAUGUAAAUGAACAUUUCCUUGUAAACAUUGGUUUGUCUGAACAAUCAUAACAUUUUUACAAAAUGUAACUUUGUAGAGUACGGUAAUAUAAUGUUUUUAUUGAUUGUA